AUGAAAAUGGUUGGCUGCAACAAAACAUUUGUGGCCGAGUUCAUAUUUUUGGGGUUCUCCAAUCAACCAAGGGUGCAGCUGCUGCUCUUUGUGGUGUUUCUGGCUUGUUAUCUGUUCACAGUGUUUGGGAACGUCAUCAUCAUCUCAGUUGUCAGCACUUACCCUCGGCUUCAUACACCCAUGUACUUCUUCAUUAUCAAUUUGUCUUUCUUAGACAUUUAUUAUGUCUCCACCAAUGUCCCCCAGAUGCUGAUGAACCUUGUGACCAGAAGGAAAACUAUCUCAUUCUGGGGUUGUGCAAUCCAGAUGUAUUUUUCCCUGGCGUUUGGCAUGACAGAGUGCUUUCUGCUUGGCGUCAUGGCUUAUGAUCGGUAUGUGGCAAUCUGUCAGCCUUUGCUUUACACGGCCAUCAUGAACUGGAAGCUCUGUGCUCAGCUGGCUGCUUUUUGCUGGUGCAGCAGUUUGAUGAGCUCCAUGAUUAUUAACAUUUUCACCUUACAAUUGCCUUUCUGUGGUCCUAACAUCUUGAACCAUUAUUUCUGUGAGGUGCCAGCAGUGCUGUCUUUGGCUUCCACUGACACUUACCUUGCUGAAAUGGUUGUCUUUGUUUUCAGCGUUAUCAUAGUCUUCAUUCCCUUCCUGUUUAUUAUUGUCUCAUACACCUACAUUUUCUUAGCUGUGCUGCGGAUACAAACUGCCCAAGGAAGGGUCAAGGCAUUCUCUACCUGUGCAUCCCACCUCACCGUUGUCACCAUAUUUUAUGGGACAGCCAUCUUCAUGUACAUGCGACCAAGGUCGAAGUCCUCACGAGACGGGGACAAAGUGAUUGCUUUGUUUUAUACCAUUAUAAUGCCCAUGCUUAACCCCCUGAUAUAUAGCCUAAGGAACAAGGAUGUGAAAGAUGCUCUGAAGAGACCAUUGGUGCUAAUAAGAUGA